GUUUAUGACACACAGAGGAGGAGGUCUGAUGAACUGAACGAGGGGGAGAGCUGUUCCAUUCCCGUGGAAACCGGGAGUCCCCGGGUGCGGAGGGCUCUCUUUCCCCUGCGAUGUCUUUUGUGUGACUUGGGGAAGGGCUCUGGGAUGAUUUCUGAGUGUGUGUCUCCCUGAGGCAGGGAGGCAGGGAGCUGAGGGGCUGGCAGGGGAAACCAGCUCGGACCUCGGCGUGCUGGCACUGACUGACUCUCCCCUGCAGUUUUGGAAGUCAGCAAAACAGAAAUCAAAUUACUAUUAUAUUAUGCCGGUGGCAGCUCAAGACUCCACGGGGGAAGCUCAAGACUCCACGGGCGUUUACUGUGAGAGAUGCAGGCAGUCACAGAACAGCGAAGUGCGUCUAGUGCAUGGACCCUGAAGACAAAUGUAAGUUCUCACGCGGCUCUAUUUUAUUGCUGUGUAAUUUUCUUUCCGGAUUGAAAUCAUGCUUGGCCAAAAUGUAAUCGCUUCAAGGAGAAUUUCUAGGGUGGAAAGUUGUCUGCCCACCUUUGCUUCAGACUUUUUUUUCUUUUCCUUUUUCUUUUAUUAAUCAAGCAACACAGUAGGAGCUGAAAUUCCCGAGAGCAGCUGUGGCAAUUCAGCUUAACCCAGGCAGAGAACUAUAACCCAAAGUACAUCUGAUUACUAUGGGAUCGAUCCUGAGUUUAUUUUUAAUUGACUUUCUUAAUGUAGAAUGCAUACGUGCCUCCUGCUUUGGAUAGCAUGCUAUUUUGAGACUGCUGUGGUUAAACCAGGGUGAUGAGCAGAACCAACAGAAUGAGAGGGAGCUAAAAGAGAUUCCUGGUAGUUACAAAACUUUUCUUUUUUUUGGCCAGGAUCACUUUUUUUUUUUUUAAUCCCCAAAUGCUCAAAACUCAGCAACUUCUAUGCUAAAAGUUCAUUCUGCUUUUUUGACCUUGCUUUGGAGAAAAAAAAAUAAAACCAAACGGUGGACUCUCCUAAAAUUCAGAAGAAAGACAAUACAAGGAGCCAGUGCAGUUCUUUAGCUAUCAUUGUAAUAAUGAGAGAAAAAAAGCCAGCCAAAGGAAGCCAGCAGAUACACCGGCUCCACUGUCGCAGAGCCUGGGGACAGAAAGAUGGAUGGUGAGCAGGGGUUAUAACUUGUUAAUUUUUCUACGUUUCAUCUGCCAGAAGUUUUGACUUAGAGAUGGAUAUUCUUUGGGAAGAAAACACUUCUUUGAGCUCAACUCUGAACUCCUUGAUUCAAUUAAGCGAUGACGCUUUUAACUCUGGGGAAGCUAACACUUCUGAUGUGUUUAACUGGACCACCGUGGACUCUGAAAAUCGAACAAACCUUUCCUGCGAAGGCUGCCUCUCGCCGCCGUGCUACUCCUUACUCCACCUCCAGGAAAAAAACUGGUCUGCUUUGCUGACAGCCGUAGUGAUUAUUCUAACUAUUGCUGGAAACAUACUCGUCAUCAUGGCAGUGUCCCUGGAGAAAAAGCUGCAGAACGCCACCAACUAUUUCCUGAUGUCACUUGCCAUUGCUGACAUGCUGCUGGGUUUCCUCGUGAUGCCUGUGUCCACGCUAACCAUCCUGUACGGGUACCGGUGGCCUCUGCCAAGCAAGCUCUGUGCAGUCUGGAUUUACCUGGAUGUGCUCUUCUCCACGGCCUCCAUCAUGCAUCUCUGUGCCAUCUCGCUGGACCGCUACGUCGCCAUCCAGAACCCCAUCCAUCACAGCCGUUUCAACUCCAGGACUAAGGCAUUUCUGAAAAUAAUUGCCGUCUGGACCAUAUCUGUAGGUAUAUCGAUGCCAAUCCCAGUCUUUGGACUUCAGGAUGACUCCAAAGUCUUUAAGGAAGGGAGUUGCUUACUUGCAGAUGACAACUUUGUCCUGAUCGGCUCCUUUGUGUCGUUUUUCAUCCCCUUAACCAUCAUGGUGAUCACCUACUUUCUAACCAUCAAGUCGCUCCAGAAGGAAGCUACUUUGUGUGUCGGCGACCUCGGCCCUCGCACCAAACUGUCUUCUUUCAGCUUCCUCCCGCAGAGCUCCCUGUCUUCGGAGAAGCUCUUCCAGCGCUCCAUCCACAGGGAGCCGGGGGCGCACGGCCGGAGGACUAUGCAGUCCAUCAGCAACGAGCAGAAAGCCUGCAAGGUGCUGGGCAUCGUCUUCUUCCUCUUCGUGGUGAUGUGGUGCCCCUUCUUCAUCACGAACAUCAUGGCUGUCAUCUGCAAGGAGUCCUGCAACGAGGCCGUCAUCGGAGCCCUGCUCAACGUCUUCGUGUGGAUCGGUUACCUCUCCUCGGCGGUCAACCCGCUGGUGUACACGCUGUUCAACAAGACGUACAGGUCGGCGUUUUCCCGCUAUAUCCAGUGUCAGUACAAGGAAAAUAAGAAACCCUUGCAGCUCAUUUUAGUGAACACUAUACCGGCGCUGGCCUACAAGUCCAGUCAGCUCCAAGCGGGACAAAUAAAGAACUCAAAGAAAGACGCCAAGACGACGGAGAAUGACUGCUCCAUGGUUGCGCUGGGACAAGGACAUUCCGAAGAUGCUUCCACAGACAAGAUCAAUGCUGCGAAUGAAAAGGUCAGCUGUGUGUGAUGGGCUGGUUGCCAUGGCAAAGGGGGAAGGCACACCCCAAGCAAGUUUUCACCUAUCUGAAAUGAAACAAAAAAAAAUGGGGAGACUGGAGAAAAUUAGAGCAGUCUGGUGGAACCGACAAUAAUAUCAAUAUAUGCCUCGUUUUAUUCUGUCAAUGAAAAGCAGGGUAAAAUGCCACAAAAUGUGCACUUCCAAAAUGUUCUGACAGCAUUUCGGCUGUGAGCUUUCUAAUAGUUCUUUUUAACAUUGUAAAUGAUAUGUGUCUUAAAAUAAUUAGCUUUUGUUGUAUAAUUAUAAUGAGGCCAUCAGGAAAUCUAAAUUAUUUUCUGUUUUCAAAGGGAAGCCUUGCUACUGUGUUGUUACCUGAUGGCAUUGGACUGGGUUAGGAACCUCUUCCUGUAAGUGUAAAUAUCUAUAAAUAGUGAAAAGAGUGUUGAUAAUGGCCUCUUAAAUAAAGGAAAACUCUUAUUAAAACUUACCACGAUAUAUGUUUUGAAAGAAAAAGAAAACACUAAGGGCAGUGUUACGAAAUCUGUAUUGUUAAAACAAUUCAGUGAAAGACAUUUUCCAUUUCUGCUUUUUCAUAGAUGCCAUUUUGAAAUAUUCGUAAGGUUGCUGACAUUUUGGUGUAUUUCAAGUUAAUUCUUCUUAGCAGUGAAAAAAGAUUUUAAAUGUUAUUUAAUAGCUAUUGCUGCUUUCUCUUAUACUUCUCAUAGAAUUUGCUGAAUUUUACUCUAAAUUUCCAGUGUGGUCUUAUUUAGUGUUUAUUCUACUAAGUAAAAUUAUCAGAAAGCUAGGUUAACAUCACCAAAUACAUUUUUAGACGUUGCUUCUCUAAAACUGCACCCUGAAGGCAUUUGGUUACUUGCUCUGUGGCAACUGCAUCUAAUACAUACUCUUUCGAGUAGCAAGCAGUGUGUGAAUAGACGGUCUAGAGAAAGCAGAUGUCUUUCCCAUCACCACCCAUCAGGUAAAUUGAUACUUCCUGAUCAAUCGAUAUUAUAUACUGAAACUCUGCCGCUUGGUUCUACACCAACUACUGAGCGUAUACUAUACGUUGGGCCAUCUGCUAGAUACUAGGGAUAUAAAAAUAAUGAGAUCAAGAUCCUUGCUUUUAAAGAAAAUGACUAAAUGGAAAUGUCCUCAUCAAAAAUAUGAACAGAUAUUUUGAAAAUCAGUUCAAUUGACUUCCUUUUUAUCUGGCUCAUAAUCAGGUAUGUUUGACCUCUGAGGGUAUGUUCAAUACUCUCAAAUAUGUUUUCUUGAUUGGUUGCCACUGAAUACCAAUCAACCAAAGGAGAGGAAAAAAAUCACUCAAGGCCAAAAAUUGCAGUUAAUUCAGAAAUAUGCAUCUCAAUCUGAACCCAACCUAUAAUCACCAUGGUUGCAAGUGAAAUUUUUAUUCCCUCUCUUGAAACUAAUUCAUGAGAGUAAAACUAACUCCUUUUAGUAUUAUUUACAGAAACUGGGCUCCCCAAUUUUAAAAAAAGCAGAUAACAUAAUAUUUGAAUAAAGGUUUGCUAAAAAGAGAAAGAGAUGAAUGGCAGCUAAUCCAUCUCGAUAUUAUAUUACUCUAGGUUAAAUUGCACAUUGUUCAUGGAAUAGGUGUAAGAUAUUCAAUUACAAAACUGAAUCUUUUCGUAUUGAGUGAAAAAUCAUAAGCCCUUUGAAAAACUAUAGAUUUGAAACCUGAAAAAUGCGGAAGGCACCACUGUGUAAUUUGGAAAUAUAUUAGAUCUAUCCUAAUUAUGUCCUUACAGAGACACUGCUGGUGGAAAAGAUGGUUUACUAUUUCAGACCUAGAAUUUAUAGUAAGCCGUUUAGUGCCGAGCCUGCAUUUGAACUUAACUACUCCUUAAUGAUUAUGCUAUACUAACUGAUAAAAUAUAAAUGUUAGAAAAUCUCUGCUCUAAUGUAUUUUGCCUUAGUUUUUGACUCUGCAUAUCUCAUUAUAUAUUAGAGAAAAAAUUCUAUCCCAUAUACUCAAUCUUGAUCUGAAUGACAUGUAUCUUUUGACUACACAAAUAUUACAUGUGUUAUCUGUUUUAUUUUCUCUCCAUUGUUAUCUAUUCAUGUGUAUAUAGUCUAACGUUUAUCUGUAUAUAUGUACAGACGUGUUCCCAUGCACUUCAUCCAAUAUUUAUAUAUUUAUAUGGAGGAAAAGCAAAAGUUACUAAGAAAAACCCUCAGUGUAUACACUUGUGCAUGUUUGUAUCAUAUCAAUUUAAAUGUGAAUUCAUGUUCUAAUGUUUCUAUGACCUUCCAUUGCUGUCAAAGCAGAUUAAAGUGUAACAGGGUUAUCAGCCCUUUAAAGAAAUUAGAAGUGUGUCUAAUUUUGUGGGAAAACAUUAACACAAUUCUAUGAGAAUGAUAAAAACAAUGGUCCAUAUAUAGUUUAUUAAUCUUAAAUAAAAUGGUAUCAUUGGGCCUUUUUAGUCUGAGGACUUGAUGACCACUAUAGCUUUAGAGUAUCCCUCCCACUCCCCCAUCCCCACCCUCCUAGUGAAACAGUCUUCAAAUGAUUAAAGGAUUCAUUCCUAGUCCAUACCAUACCAUACCAUACAAUACAGUAACAAAUCUUCCCCUAAUUUAAGGUCUUCUGUAUUUAAGGAACGGAAUUAAAUGCCAUACUUACGGAAAACUCCGUUAAAGCCUGCUUAAUCUACUUGACCACAGCGCCAUCUCAUGGUCAUUUUUUAAAGUGCUGCUGGAGUUACAUUGAACUGUUAACUGUACUGCUUUUAACCAAGGGUGCUUCUCCCAUUUGUGCAUCAAUGAAACAUGUUUAUUUACAAAGUGUUCAAUUAUUCUGUGCCAUAUGUAACAAAUAACACAUUGGAUAUUAUUUUAUGUGCUUAUUUUAAUUAAGGAAAUUCUAAAAGAUUUCGAGAAAGAAUGAAUAAUUGUAAAUAAAGUCUACUCAAAAAUGAAUGCAAUUUCUGAAUCCAUAGCUGUGUCUACCAAAUGGAGUUACCCUCAGCCUGUCAUGUGAGCAGACUUGAAACUCUCAGUAUCAUCCCAAUGUUUGUUUGUUUGUUUUAAUUAAAUGCAGUUUUAUUAAAAUAUACUC